GCGGUCGGACACCCAGCGCGCGCUCACGUUCGAAAUUCGAACGCCGCGCUUCCGAAUUCGAAAACCGUAUUGCGAGCUUUUAUUCAGACGUGACGCUACGUAAGAGAUAAAAAUUGUCGAUAUUGGACAGAAAAAAAUGGAUACUACAUAGUUGGUUUUGAGUGGACGGUGCGAAAAUGUAUUCAAAAGUGAAACUGAAAUAAUCGAACAGUGUACAAUGGCGUCCAAAAGGCUCGUUAUCGCUUGGGCGGUCUGGCUCGCGUUGCCCCUGGCAACGGGCCAUCUCAACGUGCUUAUCAGCCAGGCAGAAGUUAUGAAAUUGUUAGGUUUAGACGCGGAACUGUACUACGUGCGAGAGGGGGUGGUGAACACCUAUGCCACUGGCUUCAUAGUUCCCGUGCCGGCUCACAUCGCUGACUUGGAGUUCAUGUGGCAAGCGCUUGGCAGGAGACCGUUGCCGUACGUGAUGGGUAUAGACUACGAGAGCAGAGGCGCCAUGCUGCCGCCGCAAGUCAAUAUCUCCGAGCGGGGCUACGUGCCUACGACGCUACAGACCUUUAGAGUUCGGCUACCGUGUACGGGUUCAAGAAGUGCAGAAAUAUUGGUGACCAUGCAGUUGAACAUUUCGGCACCUGAUCGUAUGCAUAAGGACGUACGGUUGACUUUCAAAAGAAACAAGAUUUGCUUGAAAGGCCUAUCAACAAUAGUAACGCACAACGAAACAGCAAGACUAGCAGGCGAUGCCAACAGAAGCUCAGGCGGUGUGCUAUUCGCCGCUGGAGGCUGUGCUGCAGCAGCUUUGGCUCUGCUGGCAGGAGCCGCUGCAGCUGGGACUCUGUACAAGCGAGGAAACAAGGCUCGCCACCAUGAUUCCAUACAUACAUCGUAUACUACCGCGGCAUAUGGUAGCCAUCAGAACGUGCUGUUACGGCUAGACACGCUUGGCAGGCCGCCCAGCUCCACGGGCUCCUACGCAACCAUAGCCAGUCUGCACAAGUUUCCUUUCGGAAGUCGAAGAUCGCCGUCCCCGUACGCUACGACUCACAUCGGCGAGCACAUCUAUGCCAAGCCAGAGUCAAGGGUUUCCUACUACGCAGCUUCCAAUCUCACACAUGUUUCACAGCAAACAGUGACCAAAGAUCGGAUAACGGAUCCAGCGGAACAGCUCCGUUACCUCACGACACCAAGGUCAAACAUUCGCCUUGAGAUUCUGGUCCAUGAAGGUACCUUCGGGAGAGUCUACAAAGGCGUGUUUAAACGAGGCGACACCUAUGAAGAGGUUUUAGUUAAGACUGUUUCAGAAGCAGCAUCAGCAUUGCAAGCAGCGCUACUAGUGGCUGAAGGACUUCGACUUUGCGGUUUGGUUCAUGGAAAUGUUCUUGCACCGAUGGCGGCUUGUGCAGAAGAAGCAAGGAAACCUUUCAUAGUUUAUUGCUGUGUUUCACAUUCUUCUAAUCUUAAGAGGUUCCUAACAUCAUGUCGGCUGGGCCAUCAAGCGGCACCGGCCACCAGAGAAUUGGUAGAUUUAGGAGCACAAGUCGCCUGUGGCCUGGCGUACUUACACGUACAACGGCUUGUACAUGCGGACAUUGCAGCCAGAAAUUGCAUAGUGGACGAGAAAUUAAGACUGAAAGUGGCAGACAACGGGUUGUCAAGGGAUCUGUUUCCUGACGACUACCAUUGUCUCGGAGAUAAUGAGAAUAGGCCAGUCAAGUGGAUGGCUCCAGAAUCCCUGCUUCAGAAUCAGUAUACCACCGCGUCAGAUGUGUGGUCGUUAGGAAUAACGCUAUGGGAACUAGCAACACUAGGAGCAUCGCCUUUAGCAGAAUUAGAUGCAGCAGAUGUUGGAGCAUUCCUCAACGGAGGGUACAGACCCUCUCAACCUCACAACUGUCCUGAUGAACUGUAUGGUCUGAUGUCGUGGUGUUGGACAACAUCGCCAUCAGUACGGCCGACUGCUCCACAACUUUUAGCAGCUCUUCACGAUUUUAGACAAACGCUCAGUACAUAUAUUUAAUACUCAGAAUCUUUAAAAGUUAAUGAAUUCCCUUUUAUCUUUACACUUUGUGAACUCUCUGUAUCAAGACUUUCAAAAUUUUAUAAGUACAAAUAUCCAUCUUAAUAUUAUAAUCUUAAAAUUGUAUUAAGAUUAAGCAGGCAAGAUCAGAUUUUAAGAUAAUCUUCUUAACACAGGCCAAUAUCUUCUAUUUGCUUUCCUAGUUUUCAUUCUUCUUAUUUCAGAAGAUACCAAUGUGCCUACCAUAUUAUUUUAAAUCAAAUCAAAGCAAUUUUAUUAUAUUUGGUGAUGGUAA